AGGAGGCUCUGAUGAAUGUCUGUCUGGUCUUGCUGCUCUGGGAGGCUGCACAGAGGAGCAGGAGGGGGCCUCCUGGUGUGGCUGGGGAGGCCUGAUUGUCCUGAGUCUGGGGGGCUGACUGCCGCUGGCCACCGUCAGAGGAAACCUCAAGCAGCUUCCUUUAGGGGACAGUUUCUACUGAGCUCUCCUCCCCUCCUCACCCACCUCACUCUGACCCACAUCAGUGGGAACAGCCCAGGCCAGCCACUGAGACCCACCACUGCUGGCCUCAAGGCCGCAGCCCAGAGCCCUAUCCCUCAGAGAAGAGGGGUCUGGGAAACAGGGUGCCUGGGCUGGGGGACAGCAGUAGCAAGUUCUCAGAAUGCACCAGGUACCUGCUGGGUCACUGUCCUGUGCCAGGCACCAGAGAUUCGCCCGGGAACAGGAGCAGCGCUUGCAGUGUUCUCUCUCUUUUUUCCUUUCUUGUGGAAAUUUGGGAUCUUGGAAAGGACUUUGGAACCCGAUAGCUCGGAUGAAGAGCCCCCGCCUGUGUACUCCCCGCCAGCCUACCACAUGCACGUGUUCGACCGGCCCUACCCUCUGGCUCCCCCGACUCCGCCUCCCCGUAUCGACGUGCUGGGCUCUGGAGCCCCGACAAGCCAGAGACGCUAUCGGAACUGGAACCCACCACUGCUGGGCAACCUCCCGGAUGACUUUCUCCGCAUCCUGCCCCAGCAGCUGGACAGCAUACAGGGUAACGCUGGGGGCCCCAAGCCUGGGAGUGGAGAGGGAGGUCCGCCUGCCAUGGCUGGGCCAGGGCCCCGAGACCAGGAGAGCCGCUGGAAGCAGUACCUGGAGGACGAGAGGAUCGCGCUUUUCCUGCAGAACGAGGAGUUCAUGAAGGAGCUGCAACGGAACCGCGACUUCCUCCUCGCUCUGGAGAGAGAUCGAUUGAAAUACGAAUCCCAGAAGUCUAAAUCCAGCAGUGUGGCUGUCGGAAACGACUUUGGCUUUCCCUCUCCUGUCCCAGGAACUGGCGACGCCAACCCCGCUGUGUCUGAAGAUGCCUUAUUCAGGGACAAGCUGAAACACAUGGGAAAGUCCACCCGGAGGAAACUGUUUGAACUUGCCCGAGCCUUCUCAGAGAAGACCAAAAUGAGGAAGUCAAAGAGGAAACACUUGUUGAAGCAUCAGUCACUGGGGGCUGCCGCGUCAACAGCCAACCUCCUGGAUGAUGUGGAGGGCCACGCGUGUGAUGAAGACUUCCGGGGCAGGCAUCAGGAGGCGCCCAAGGUGGAGGAAGGCCUGCGAGAAGGACAGUAAGAGGAACCAGUGACCAGGAAAGACCAUUGGGCUCCUUUGAAAAAGACUCCUCCCAUCCCCUUUUUUCCCCUACCAGAUGCCAGCAGCUCUUCCUUGCCAGAGAUGAUCUGACCCGGUGGGGGCAGCUGGAAAGCAACACUGGCCCCCAGCUGAAGGGCCCAGCUGCAGCCGGACAGAUGGUGCUUGAGAACCGAGGCCCAGUGAUCCUCCAGCCACAGUCCAGCCCAACCACUGCCACUUUCCAUGGGACUUAGAACUUCGGAGUUGCUGCCUUGCAAUUGGAGGAAGGACCUGGGGCCCCUAUAGGCAGCAGCCAAUUACAGCCCCUUUUGUAGCCAGGCGUUCCUAUGGUCAAAGAGUGGAAAUGCAGGAACCAACCUCCCUUAAAAAAAAAAAAAAUCCAGAAAGCAGAUAAAAGUUGGAAUAUGGAAAAGGGCAAGAUGACCCCACCAGAGGCUCUUUGGCCUGAAAGUGGAGUCCCUGCCUCCCUCCGUUCCCUAUCUCUCCUGUCACAGACUCUGCCUGACCCCCCUUCCUCAGCUCCCUUCUGGUCCCCCUUCCUCAGCUCCCUCCGGGCACUUGUGCCCCUCCCUUCCAUGGCCUCCUAUCUCAGCCUUCCCCCGGGGCUGCUGGCCCAGCACACAAGCUCUGCACCCAGCCUGGGUGGGAGGUCCCUGGCCGGUACCCCAGGAACUCUGAGGAGCUAUGGGCUACUGCAAAGAGCAUCUGUCGACUGCCCCGUCUGGCCUCAUCAGGCUGCUGCUGUUAGGGAUGGGCUCACUCCCAGCAGCUCCCCAUCACCCAGCAGGGAUGGGGAGGGUGGCCACCCCGGAGCUGGAGGAUUCUGGGGAGGCAGGGUCUUUAAUUUGGCAGCAGACAAAAGCCAGUUCUGGAGUCACACCACAGUAGGGGCUCACAGGGGCUCUGACUCCCCAGCUGGACUGGAAGCCCUGCUGUCCGAGGGUGGGCAGCGGUGGGCCCUGGAGUGACCCCUUUGAGCAGGUGCAGGGCUAAAGAGCAAAGCGGAAAGGCCGCCAGCCUGGGUGGGAGCGCCUAGGGCAGAAGGGCUUGCUGGGUGCCACUGAGAAGGGCGGGUGAUCUGAGGAGGAGAACUCUGAUUCUAGGAACGCUUACACGGCACUGACCACUGCCACGGGGAGGGAGGCUGCCCAGCCCGUGGCCCCGCCCUGGACAUGGGAGCGCGCAGAUCUUCCGGAGAGCCGGGAAGCCUGGGCAGGCACGAGGCUUCGGCGCGGCUUUGGGAGGUUGGGAGUGGCAUCCGAUCCUUGGCCGGGCCCUGGUGGCCUCCGUGGCCCCAAGAUCACAAGGGCGUAGCGAAGGCGAGCCGGCGAUCGCACCUCGUCCCGCCCACCCUGCCCGGACUCGCAACGCCGAGCUUUCCCUCGCUGGGGAGGGCCGGGACGCGCCGCCGCCGCCGCCGAGCGUGACCAAGUUUGGAAACGCACGCGGGGCCGGGACGCUGGCUCAGGGGGCCCUGCCGAGGAGCGGCCGCCCCCUCCGCUGCUCCCCGCGCCAGGCCUGGGGCCGUGGAGGGAGGGGGAGGUCUCCGAGGAGUGCCUCGGUCCCCCAGCUCGAGUUCCCGACGGUCUCUUGAGCCUUCCCCGCGCCAGGACCGGGCGCACUGUGGGGGAAGCCCCAGCCCCACGUCUGUGAGUGUUGCUUUGUUAUUUUUUUUCCUCCUAUGUGUGGGUUUUUUCUUGGAGCUGUUUCAUAGGAAUUCCUGUAAUAAAGAGUUGGUGUUCUCUUGG